GACACAUGCACGAGCAAGGCGUACAAUAUGCUUCUGUCUCGGGUUAAGUUUUUUCAUUGUGUUAAUUGAAGAAGGCAGGACUUGAAAGCAGACUCCCCGCCUUUGUCUAAAUAAUUCAUGCGCGGUAGCCGAGCUUUGAGUUUACAUAUUGUUUCCUUGUUCUGACACUUAUAGUUGGCACUUGGCGGUUCGGUUCAAGAAUUAUUCGAUUCCCGGGCACACCCUUUCUCAGAAGGAUGCCCGAGACCUCAAGUCCGGCCAAACCUGACGUGUUUCAGUCCAUUCAGAAAGGGGACGUAGAACGCUGCGAGAUUUUAAUUCGGCACAAUCCGUCUGUUUUGACACUGAAAGGCUGGAGUGGAUUUACACCACUUCACUAUGCCACGUUUCAGGGAAGCAAGGUACUGGUUAAUCUGUUGCUGCAAUAUGGUGCUGAUCCUAAUCUACCUGAUGAUGCAGGACAAACACCAUUUCACUUUGCUUGCAGACGUGGAGAUGUUCACAUCAUACACCAAAUGAUGAAACAUGGAGCAAACGUAAACUUAAGUGAUCAUCACUGGAAAACAGCUCUGCACCAUGCCGUGUCAGGUGGAAAUAUAUGUGCCAUAAGAUACUUGGAAGAUAUGGGCAUCUUCAGUUAUUGUGAUACAGACAAGUUUCUUCUCACUCCUCUACACCUUGCUGCUUCUAUGGGAAAUACAGAUGUUGUACAGUAUUUAAUAAGGAAUAGCAGGUGUGUGAUAGAUGCAGUUGAUUACCAAGGCAUGACUCCUAUGCACGUUGCAGCAGAAAGAGGGGCAGUGGAGGUCUGCUGCCUGCUUCUACAAGCUGGUGAAAGCCAGAUUCUUUAUAAAAAAGACAAAAAUGGUCUGAAUCCCCUAGAGCUGGCUAAACUGGGAACAACAUUCAGACACCAGCAACUUGCAAAAAUUUUAGAGGAGUAUAAGACAGAAGCACAAAAUGGAAAGAUUAAUAAAUCUUAUGGUAUGUACUAUUGGACUUUGAUGUUCCCUGCUGUUAGUGGUGCACUUGUUUUACUUGUUUCUUCAGCAUUGGGAAAGUAUGGGGCAGUUUGUGGAACCCUGUUUUUUAUAUUUCUUGCAAGGAUGAUUUUCUUCCAGUACCACAGAAUUAAUGGGAUUCAGAGGACACCAAAUCCAGUAUACCUAGGUGCAUUCUGUGCUGGAAUAUUUCACACACUGGUCUGUUUUUAUUGCAAAAUUAUGUUAUCUCUUUGGCCUAGACAUAUCCUCAUUGUAUUGUCAAGCACACAUUUCUUUGUGACAGUGUGGACAUUUAAAUUGCUUCUUACAAAAAACCCUGGACAAUUACAAAGAGUGGACACCAAAAUUUCCAAAAUUGUGGAUCUUAUUGAAGCAAACAAAAACAUUAGCGUAUUUUGCAUUUACUGUGAGGUAUUUCAACCAGAACGAACAAAGCAUUGCAAGCUUUGCAGUGUCUGUGUCGAGGAUUAUGAUCACCAUUGUCUGUUUUUACACAACUGCAUUGGAAGGGACAAUCACAGAAUCUUUAUCAUUUUUAUUUUGGAACUUGCAGUCUCUCACGUGAUUUUUAUUUUUUCAAGCUUGUAUUAUUUUUACUUAAGCUAUGAUUUGGAUCCUUGGAAUGUAUUGAUCACAGCUUUUACCAGUGAAGUAUGGCUUGUAGGAAUGUUAAUAAUGAACUUGAUAACUUUGUUUUGGGAAUGCUGGCUUUUGCAAGAGCAAUUUGCAGUAAUUUCUGUGGGGAAUACCAUGUACUUUAGGUCCGGGCACAUGAUAAAACACAGUUGGAUGCAAAAAGUUAAAACGUUUUUGAUGUUUUUAGUUGAUGGGAAAAAGACAUCUGAAUUGCAUCAGGUGGCAUCUGGUAUAAUUUAGAAGUAGACUCGUCAAAAAUUGAAUUGAAAUGUCCUCGACAUUUUUUUUUUACUGUUUUUAAGAAAAAUUAUAUUUUUCACAUAUACAUUUUUUAUUAAUAGCUGAAAUAGAAUCAUUUAAUAAUUAACACAUCUACAGCAAAGUGUCCGUAGAAAAACUAUUCUAAACUGAUUUAUGACAAGAAGAGUACCACGUUGCAAUCAUCAUUUCCUAAUACAAACAUCAAUGUCCCAAAAAUUUCAUCCAUAGCAGAUUUAACAAAAUAUGACUAACAGUCUUUAUAUAGCAGCUUUCAAUAGUGAACACCAUUCCAAUGUCCUUUGCAAGUAUUGAUACAUUGUACAACGGUUUAAUCUUUCUUUUACGAGUCGGAGCAUGAGACGGUUAGGUGACUUUCUUAGGGUCCCACAGUGAAACAGUGAUAGGAACCGAGCUGGCUCUGUGCCACACUGCCUGCCUGAAGCAGAUUAUACACUAACUUAGUUUUUUGUGUUUCGUACCUACAUGUAAUGAUCAGGGUAUAUUGUAUAGUAAAAUGUUUGUACUGCAUUCUUCUUUAAAGUUGACUACAUUUUACGAAUGUGUUCUUGUUAUAACAUUUGUUCUCUUCUAAGUAGUGUGACAAUGUAAAGGUUACAUAUAACUGGGCACUUUGCACUUCAUUUUGAUAAUUUGAUUGGUUAAUUACUGAUGAAAGUAAACUACACAUUAUUUAUUUAUUUAUUUAUUUUUAUAGAAUGUCAGACAAUUAAAAUUGAUUGGGCCAUUUGUUUCAUAUUCAUUCAAUCUUAUGUACAAUAUAAUGAAGUUUUAUAGUGUAUAUCUUUUUGAAAAUGUUGCAUCCUACCUCACUUCUUGUUGUUUUUUGAUAAUAUUUUUUUAUUGUUAAUAUAAAUCAUGAUGUAUGGCUUGGUAGCAUUCACCACUGCUGCCUCACAGGUCCAGAAUUAGGAGUUCAAUUAAUAGGCCAGAGGUAAUCUGUGUCACAUGUCCAAGUUUUCCUCAUGUUUGCAUUGUCUUUCUCCUGUCACUUUGCUUUCCUCAUAUUUCCCUUACAGGAACACAACACCUAAAAUUGGUAUUUUUAAUAUGUUACUUUCCAAAUGUAGUUUGUAUUUGUGGGCAGGAAUAAUGUUUAAUCUCAUGUUUUCAUGUAGAUUGGAGAUAAUAAACUUUCCGGGUCUAAAUGGGUUCAUUUCUGAUUGAAAAUUGGCUGUAUAUGAAAGACUGAAUUUUAGCAUGAAUGCCCCAUGGUGCUGCUGGUGUGGGCACAAGCACCCUGCGACUUGAAACUGGGAUGAGCAGGUUCAGAAAAUAAAUGGAUACACGGUUAAAUUAUGAAGAUCAACAAGACUAAUAGAGGAACUCCAUUAAUUAAAAUGGUUUUUCAUCUCAUUUUGGAAUUUAUUAAUAUUUGAAUGUCCACCAUCUUUGGGCAUUUUUAUCAUCUUUCUGUAUAAAUAUUUUCAGUUUGCCCUUAACAUGACUUUUUAAUGUUAAGCAUUUUUCAUAUGUAAUUAUUGGGAUCCAUUGUAUGAUGUUUGGGGUUUUCAAUUUUAUAGUCACCAGUGUCCAGUCCUCUGAACACGUGGAUUUCAAGGCUACUGGGUAACUCCUAUGAGGGACAAGGAAGGUGGUGCAUCUUCUCUUGAAGGGAGUUGUACCUGUAAAAUGUAUGUCUCAACAGUUUAAAAAUAAUUCAGUGUGUUUUCCUAAGCAUUUGAUUGUUUAUCUCCUUAAAAUGUUUAGUGGUGCGUUUUAUUGGGAUCAUAACCUGUUGCCUGAUGAAUGAUUGUUCAAUGUUAAAUUAAUCUGGAGUAACACAUUCAUUGUUGGUGGUUUUUGAUGUAUCCAUGGCUUGAUAUAUGAUUUAAUGAAUAUUCAUGUUUCCAUGACAAUAUUCUUUAUAAUAAAUGAUACAUUAUAUUUAUAU